UCGAGACGGAGUGGAUUCGUAGAGCUCGAAUGACGUAGGGAAGUUAGAGUUUUGAGCCGGGACGAAAUCAGGAGAGAAUUGGGAGAAUCAAGAAAAAUGACCUGAUUUCUGGUUUAACCGCCGUUUGCUGGUUUUAUCGCAAACUGCCGAAGCUACUUGGUCUGAGAUCUCGUGGCUUUGGGCUCAGCAUCCAGGCCUGACUGAGAAUAUGCUCGAGUGUUGACUUUCUACGUGUACUCGUAGACCAGAUCGUCAGUGAAUUCGAGAUGAAGUCUUCGACUUGUUCUGUGGUGCGCUGCGAUGAGUGUGCGGCUGGAUCUGAUGCUGGGUUGGGCGGCGCGGGAGAGGUGGAGGAUCCGGUUUUGAGAGCGCUGUAUUCUAUUUACGAGGCUGAUGCGUAUCGCAGGCUGGAUUUGAGUGCGAAAGAGGAAAUCGCACAUCGAUUGUGUUUGGUUGUUCCCGAAUUACUCGAUGUGGAAUCGAAACCACAGUAUACUCUCGACUCGCAACCAAAAGACCCCUGCUCCGUUCUGCCUUUCGAAGUCAUUCUGCAGAUUUUUGGAUAUCUCCGCUACGAGGAUAUCUGCGGUGCCUAUCGCGUCUGCCGGCGAUGGCGGCACAUCGCGCAGGAUCCGGCCGUCUGGCUUGGGUUGUAUCGCGCGCAGGGAUGGUCUUUGAAUGAAGAGUUUGUGGGGUUGUUGAAUAGGUAUUUGAGGAGGAGGGCAGGUGUGGAGGAAUUUGCGUAUGAGGAGGUUACGGGUGCAGACGGUGAGAUGUCGAAAGAUGAAGCGCUGGAGCAACAGGUUGGGGAUAUAGGUUAUCCGAUUAUCCUCUCCUCGAGUUCUUCUACUAUCAACCAGACCACUUCAAUUAGUGAUCCCUAUAUUUCAAGCAAUUCUCCGUCCCCUGAAAGUCAAGAUACAUCCGAACCCCGACGAUAUUAUAUCAAUUGGCGAUACAUCUACGAGCAACGUGCCAUGAUCGAAGACUACUGGGAAGGAGGCUUCGGCUGGGUCACAUCGUACCUCUCGAGCUCCAACGCGGAACUCACAGAGAAUGCCGAUGCUCAGAAUGCGAAUUUCUAUUGGGCUCGGCCACCUCAGUCGUGGUGGUACAAUAACCCGCAGAGCGCGAGUCUGGCUGCUGUGCCGUUUCAACAGAGUCGGCAUGGAUGGCAGGCACGGGUGUUCUACGCGGAUGGUCGAGCUUCAGAUCAUGAAGUGCCUAUAGCGCCCUCCGAUGCUCUGGUGGAGGAUAAUCAAGCCAGCUCGCGGUCUGCGUUCAUAUACAAGCUGCAGUAUGACAAAAACCUAAUCGUGUCGGCAUCCAAAGACCGGACCGUGAAGAUCUGGAAUCUGCACAGCGGUGUUCUCAUUGCGACCCUGAGAGGGCAUACCCGGAGCGUGCUAUGUGUCCAAUUUGAUGCGAGGAAAAAUAUUAUCGUCUCGGGGGCGAUGGACGGGCAGAUCAUUAUCUGGGACAUGAGAACCCUUCGCGCUGUCGAUCGUAUCGAGGCUAACGACGGCGGCGUCAUGGACCUCGCAUUCGACGACCGCUACAUUUACUCUGCGGGGCGAGACGCAAAAGUGCACAUAUACAGUUUCCAAGAGCCCCGCGUGCUUGUGCGCACGCUCGAAGGACACACGGGGGUCAUAAACUGCAUGUGCGUGAAAGACAACACGAUCGUGACCGGCUCGGCUGAUCACACGGUCAAGGUCUGGGACGUCGAUACCGGGCGAUGUGUGCACACUGUGCGGGGCCAUUCGCGCGGGGUGGCCUCGAUUGACUUUGACGGACGGCUGGUUGCGUCCGGCGGAUCUAGUCGGAGCGUUCAUAUAUAUGACAUUGUGACUGGCAAAUCUGAGACGUUGCCGAACGUGCAUGACGAUAUUGUUCGGACGCUGCAGUUCAGCUCGGAUUCGUCGCGGCUGAUAACGGGAUCGCACGACGGCAAGAUCAAGAUCUGGAAACGGGCAGAUGAUAACUGCAAGCGCGGGGGCAGUCGAUGGAUGUUGCGGAUGAGUUUCAUGAUACCGGAGAGUAUCGGGUCUUUGAAUAUCUUUCAUUUGCGGUUCGAUCAUCGACGGAUAGUUGCGUCGGCAGGGUUGAAUACGAUUAUUUGCAUUGGUUUGGCAAAGGGAGUACGGGGGAUGGAGCAAUUGGAUGGGUUUUUCUCGGCGAGUUGAUCUCCUUUGUUCCGAUAGCUGGUUUUUUUUUUUUUUUUUCUGGUCACGUUUUGCAUUGUUGGUGUGUAUUGUACAAAAUGAUAAUCUCUCAUCAGGUGGUAAAC